AUGCAAUAUUUGGAAGUACUGGUUUUGCGAGAGAAUAAUUUGUAUGGUCCUAUUGCCGGUGUAAAUAUCAAGCAUCCAUUUCCUAGUUUAAUUAUUUUUGAUAUUUCAUCCAAUAACUUCAGUGGCCCACUACCAAAAGCCUACAUACAAAAUUUUAAGGCCAUGAAAAAUGUUAUUCAAGUUGGAGAAGGUAGUAGCUCUCAAUACAUGGAAAGGAUGGAAGUAGGUGAUAUGACAUACUAUGAUUCUGUGACUAUGACAGUGAAAGGAAACAGCAUUGUGAUGGUGAAAAUUCCAAUAGUCUUUGUGAACAUUGAUUUUUCUCAUAACAAUUUUGAAGGAGAGAUUCUGAAUGUUAUUGGGGAGCUUCACUCACUCAAAGGGCUUAACCUUUCCCAUAACAGACUCACCGGUCCUAUUCCUCAAUCCGUAGGAAACUUGUCAAACAUGGAAUCAUUGGAUCUUUCGUCAAAUAUACUCACUGGUGUAAUUCCUUCAGAAUUAAUCAAUCUGAACGGUAUUGGAGUAUUGAAUCUUUCUCAUAACCAUCUAGUGGGAGAAAUACCUCAAGGAAAACAGUUCAAUACAUUUUCCAAUGACUCAUAUGAAGGAAACUUGGGAUUAUGCGGAUUUCCCUUGUCAAAGAAAUGUGAACCUGAACAACAUUCUCCGCUUCCACCCAACAACCUUUGGAGUGAAGAGAAAUUUGGAUUUGGAUGGAAACCAGUGGCUAUUGGAUAUGGAUGUGGAAUGGUUAUUGGAAUAGGCCUUGGAUGUUUUGUGUUGUUAAUUGGAAAGCCUAGAUGGCUUGUGAUGAUGGUUGGAGGUCAACCUAAGCAAAGAGUGACAAGGAGCACAAGAGUGAGGAGAACUCAUGGCUCAACCAUGAAUUAG